UGUCCGCGUGUUGUCCGCCGCCUUGUGUCUGUAGUGUCUGACGCGCAAACGUCACAGACGCACUUGAACUUGAAUCCCAUUCUACUGAGUGAAGGUAAACCCCAACCACACGCACCCAAACACGCGCACAAAACACAGACUGUAUUUAGUCUGCGCGCGCGCACACAAUAGCGGGUUCCUCCCAGGCAGAGCCUCUUUCAUCGUGUGAGUCAACAAGAAGUAGCCUCGACACUAUAUGAAACUGGGAAACAUUGGACCUGCUUGUUGGACGAGAAGGAGGAGGUGUCUUGUCUGCCCGUCUGCUCUCUCUCUCUCUCUUUCUCUCUCUCUGUAUUCUCUCUCUCAGUCAACGAGGCUACUACCACCGGAGCCAAGAGUUGCCGUUCCGCGCACUAAUGCCAAAACGCGCAGGAGGAGCCGGUGCCAAAGGGUCAUUUUAGCGCACCACUGCUGAAAUGGAAGGACUGUAGGGAAUCCUAGACUAAACACCAGCCAUUUGACCCCAGGUAAUAUAAUCAUAUCAUCAACAUUUAGUAAAGGGAAAGCAGCCAAGUAAGAUCCAAUACCCAUCACCGGUGGAGUGCCGCGUACUUCAUCUGUCACAACGGUCGCUGCAGAGGUGGGCAGUCCAGGAUUUUUGUCUGCAAAAGGUGCAUUGCCAAACAUCACCUUCCUGCACCCAUAUCAACUCAUCGGCCGCUAGUAGCCAAUUGAUUUCUAAAAUUCUUGGCUUCCUCAACCCAGGUGUUAACUCCCUCAGAAGACACUGCAGGACACAGUGGACAAACUGGUCUUCCAUCUUUAUUGCGCUCCUGUCCGACUUUCGAACGCAUAUCAAAGUUGCAGCUGAAGACAGUGAAAGGCAGAGGGAUUAGGAGAAGGGAAAGUUGGUCACCUGCGACCCAGAGAGGACCGACACCACGGUUCAAGCCGACUCCAAGUGCCGUUCACCGGGCGAUGCCAGAGUAAAUGCCGGGGCAAUGUCCCGCCGCAAGCAGGUGAACCCGCAGCACUUAUCGUUGACACACAGGGAAACAAUACAAGCAGAAGCCAAUCAUGAUCCAGGGGCAGGAUCUCCAUCUCCAGAGCCAUCAACCCCCAGCCCUCAGAGGGCAGGACCUGGAGAGCAUGAUCUGCUGACCUGCGGCCAGUGCCAGACCAACUUCCCUCUGGGCGAUAUCCUGGUUUUCAUUGAGCACAAACGUCGUCUUUGCCGGGGGCCUGGUAGCAGAUCAAGGUCAUUCUCCAAGCCUGGUGAGAGUGGCGGGGUCACAGGCAUUCCCAUCUCUCCUGGGUCCAGGUCACUGGAGCUUGGUAGAGGGUCCAUUCCAGUGGAGGUGGGUGUCCAGGUGACCCCCAGAGGAGAAGAGGAUGAAGAGAGGAGGCUGACGCCAGCAAAAGGAACCUGCCCUAAACAGGAGAGAGGAGAUAAAGAUGAGCCAUCCAGCUACAUCUGCACCACCUGUAAGCAGACCUUCACCAGUGCCUGGUUCCUGCUUCAGCAUGCCCAGCACACUCACGGCAUCCGCAUUUACCUGGACAACCACCUGGCCAACUGCUCCCUCACUCCCCGCAUGGCUCUGCCUCCACCUCCAGGUGCUGAUGUCUUGCCCCGUUCCCCUCUCCCCACUUUCCUCGGUGACACCAACAACCCAUUCCACCUUCUCCGCAUGGCUGCGCCACUGCUCAGGGAACACCCCCCUCCCCCAGGAUAUAUGGAGACCCGGCUGCCUGCGACACCUCCCUUUGUCAGCCCUCCACCUCCCCCAAGACCCCCUCUAGAGCGACUGGGCCCAGAGGAGAUGGGGCUGCUCUCCCAGCAUCCCAGUGCCUUUGAGAGGGUGAUGCGGAUGACCCCCAUGGAGCCUCCCUCCAUGGACUUCUCUCGACGGCUGAGGGAAUUAGCAGGCAACACAACCAAUAAUGGGGGGCCCACACCUCCUCUCUCACCUAACCGUGUGCCACCCAUGCACCGCCUGCUGAGUCCAACCCUUUUCCAGCCUGGUGCCAAGCCCCCAGCAUUUCUAGCCUAUGCCCCACAACCACCCACUUCUCAGGGGGGACAUGGUUCUUCCAGCCCUCUUGACAGCCAGGGUCAGCACCAGGCUGCGGGGAAAGCCAAAUCCUGUGAGUUUUGUGGCAAGAUUUUCAAAUUCCAGAGCAACCUGAUUGUCCAUAGACGCAGCCACACAGGUGAGAGGCCGUACAAGUGCCAUCUAUGUGACCAUGCAUGUUCCCAGGCAAGCAAGCUCAAGAGGCACAUGAAGACACAUAUGCAUAACAAGUCUGGAUCCAUGAGUGGCUCACCAGAACAGGGAAAUAGAGGAGAGGGAGGAGAGGGUGAAGAAAAGAAUCGGGAAGGAGAUUCAAGAGGGAUAGGUAUGGACAAUGAGGAGGAGGAGGAGGAUGAAGAGGAGGAAGAAGAAGAGGAGGAAGAGGAAGAGGAAGAACUGCUGAGGAAUGGAAGUCGGCCAGAUUCAAAUUUAAGUGAGGACUCCCAGGAGUUUAGGCAGAAUAGGGAGAAUGGCCCUAGACAGUCUCCCGAGGAGAAGGCCCUGAGUGGGGAUAGAGUAAAUGACAGUGGUGGAGUGGGUAUCAUGCACCCGUACAACCAUCUGGACAAUCACCUUAGACUUAACCCUAAUAAAAGAAGCCUGGAACGACAACCUAAUGGAGAUGGUGGGGAGAGGGGUGAAGCUGAAAGAGAAAGAGAGAAUGAGAGGGAGCAGGACAGAGCUCGAGAUGAGCUGGAGCAUCAGAGGCCUGUGAUGAAUGGCAGAAUUAGUGUAUCUGAAGCAGACUCAUUCCCUGGGCUGUUCCAGCGUCGGCCCACCCCCAUUACCAGCCCAAGCCCCUCCAACAACAAGAGGAUCAAGAUUGAGAAGGAACAGCUGGAACUUCCCCCAACCAUACCCCUUAUAUCCCCGGAGAAUGUCUACUCUCAGCUCCUGGCUGGCUAUGCUGCUUCACGCCACUUCAUCAGAGAACCCUUCUUGGGUUUCUCCGAUUCCCGCCAGUCACCAUUUGCCACCUCCUCUGAGCAUUCCUCUUCAGAAACAGGGAGCCUGCGUUUCUCCACCCCACCUGGUGAGCUGAUGGAAGGAGGGAGCGCCUCUGGCCGCAGUGGCAGCAGCACUCCUCACCUCCUGCGGGGACCAGGACCCGGCAGGCCCCCGAUCUCCAAGGAGAGAAGGAAUGACACAUGUGAGUACUGCGGCAAGGUGUUCAAGAACUGCAGCAACCUGACCGUGCACCGACGCAGCCACACGGGGGAGCGACCCUACAAGUGUGACCUGUGCAGCUACGCCUGUGCCCAGAGCUCUAAGUUGACACGCCACAUGAAGACCCAUGGGCAAUUUGGGAAAGAGGUAUAUCGCUGCGACAUCUGCCACAUGCCCUUCAGUGUUUACAGCACACUGGAGAAACACAUGAAGAAAUGGCAUGGUGAACAUUUGAUGGCCAGUGAGGUCAAACUGGAGCAGGCAGACAGAGGUUAAGCCAGCAACCAUUAGUUAUACAGCCUACAGUGUACAUUCUCCAGAACAUAUACACAAAAGCACACACACACACAUGCUCACACAAAUUUCGUACAACCACUUCUUCAGCCAAGGGGCUUGGCUGGAUAAUCUCUCUCUUAAAAAAAAUUAAGACUGAUUGAUGUUCAUCUUUUUUCUUGUCACAGAAACUGCCACCUGAGAAUAUAAACAAAUGGAAACUUUAAUGAGAACUUGUCUGGAAUGCCCAACUUGGUAUUUCUUGGCAAACUGUCUGAGGAUUUUAUCAGUUAGGAAUCCAUGGAGCCUUUCUACUGUGCAAUAAUUUCUGUAUUUAUUGGAUUUUUGUAAUGAUAUUUGGCAUGUGCAGGUACAUCUUUGUGGGAUUUCAUAUGGAGUUAGUUUUGAAAUGUGCUAAAAAACAUUUUUUUUUCUAAAAUGCGAUAACUGGAAAGAAGUCACCCUUAAUACAAAUUUUCUUUUUUUUCCCUCUAAGGAAGCUUAUUGUCAAGUGAGAGUAAAAUUGUGUGAAGCAGUUAGAUUUUAAAAGUAAAAAUAACUGUUUUCUCUAUUGACUGUAGCAGCGGACUACAAUCCAUUCCCUCAUACAGGCCUAAAGCACUGAAUGUCAGUCUGACAAUAAAACAUCACAGUGGAUUUUAAAAAUCCUUAGAGACUGGAUAAGUUACUUUUAAUUUAUUCAGGGAAUUUGUCUAAAUAUUGGCUUGUGAAUAAUGUCAAAAUGCAGUUACUGUAUUGCUGUCCUUGAGUCAGUUAGGACAUAAAUAGAGGUUGCACUUAAUGGAGGUACCCUUAACUGAUGCUCAGUACAUUCCCAGUGUAGGAUUAAACCACCAUAUUUAAUAUGUUGAAUAAGUUAAGACUACUUGUGAUUAAUGUGACAAGGAGAACAGUCCUGUUUAUGGUUUGUAAAUAUAUCCAUUUUUCAAAAAUAUGUUAAAGUAGCCCCAACAUAAAAGAUGGCCUAAAACUAAAUAAUCAGACAACCAGCUGCUUGCAUUAUCUACAGUACAGGCUACGUGUAACUACCAUACAUUAUUGCUUUAUCAGACCCACUUGAUUACCUCUCCCACUCCCCCACCCCAUGUGUGCUUAUUCAGAGGCAAUUUGUUAAACGAAAGCUACUUCAACAAUGUACCACCUUCUGAAUCGUUCUCUAUCUCUCUCUUAUGUCUGUCAUGCCAUCUCUUUUUGACCUGGGUUGACUUCCUGCAUCCCCUUAGGAACCACAAAAUGGUUUCAAAUGAAAUUCAUAUCAGUAUGUGUUAGUGCGUGUGUUCUUCUCUCCGCAGUGUGCUCUAAGCCUCUCUCAGACGGCAUCUUUUCACAGUUCACUAGCUCAGAUUCAUACAUUAGGGCAGCUUUUUUAAAGGGGAAGCCUGUUCAUUCGCCUCACAAAGUGAUACGGGUUUAACUCCCAGUAACAGAUUUUGAGACAGUGUGCGUGUUCGUGACUUUUGGGAUUACGGUUUUUAUUUUCUGCAUCGUUCAUUCUGAAAUGAAUCUGGUGGGGGGGAAAAAAAGGCUAUAUGAGUUAUGAUAAUUUUGAGCACAGCUGCACUUGGGGAUGGCCAGGUGACCUUGAGUAGGGGCUAUUCUUAUAGUAAAAAUGAGAGAGUGGAACUGAGAAAUGAAGAGAUGUGAGAAUGAAACGGAGAGAGAGCAAGACCUUGACCAGAGAGAAGAGUCAUUCAAAUGAAAUUGGAAGCAUAUGAAAAAGUGUUUUACUUUUUUUCUUCUUCUUUGUACCGAAAUGUACAUCUAGUGGCCACAUCUUAUAACGGACCAUCAGAGUGAGACAGGAUGAGCCUGAGAGGAAGGGAGACAGCAAAGCCACAUGAAAGGAGAGUGAGAACACGUCUUUCAUUUUAAUACUGCAAUUUUCAAUCAUCAAAAUCAUCCUCCCUUGAAUGUUUGACCUUCUUUUUUUGCCUAUUGUCAGACUUUAUGUGAGCCAUUUUGUUUUAUUGGAUAGAAGAAUAUACUGUCCCUUCCCAUGCAAAUUCCUCUUUUUUUUGUGAUUUUAGAAAGGACACCAUGUUAAGCUCACAGUAAGCUAUUCAUUUACCAUAUAGUUCAGUAUAUUUUAGUGAAUAAACACGAAAAGUGAGCUGAAGAACUACAUUCAACUUGCUUAUACACGUUGAUGCAUGAGUGCAAAAAAUCUUAAUCUUGUUGUAAAUGCACAGUGUGUUCAUUCCAGGAAAACUCAGUUCCGAGUGAGGCCAAAAUGAGCCAUACAGCUAUGAAAUAUGUCACAUCCAAAUGAUGAACUGUGGAACCCAGACAGAGAUCCAAAUAACACACAAAUGACACAUGCAGUCUUACAAUAUGUUUACAGUGUUAAAGUAUGCCAUUAAUGAAAUACUCUGUGUAAGUGUUUAAGAUGAUAACAAAGUAUUGUUUUCUCCAAUGUUCUUUCAAAUGUUUUGAAUGGCAUAGCAGUUUUGUAUAAUUACCCUGGUGGAGGGAUUUUAUCUUCAUGAAUAUGUUUCUGUAUUAUUACUUGUUCACUGUUAUGGGAAGACCAUUUAAAUGUAAUAUUACAGAAUCAUGCCAGAUUAGAAUUUUUUUUUCUAAUGAGAGUGGUGCCAUUUUGGACUUUUGGCUUCAAUCUUUUUUUUAAUAUUUGUUCAAAUUGGUUUCCUGUUGUUGGUGAAGCAAUCCUUCACGGAUGUAUAACAGAAUAAUUUAAAAAAAAUGAAAACAAUUAACCUAAAGGAGGAAACUUCAGCAGGGGAAUGACAGUGGCUUGUUUGGGAAUUCUUUUCCAAAUCAAUUCUAUGAGACAUUCAUGGACAUUAUGUUUAACAUUGUUUUUCCUCAUGGUUGCUUGAAGGUCUCGUGAUGGCACUUAAACAACAAAUACAUUUUCUGUCACUUUUCACAAC